AUGUUUGUAAGACGGCAUUUAAUAUUUUAUAUAACAACAAUAAUACUUAUUUCAAGUUUUAUUCAAGCGCAAGAUGGAAUAAGUGGUCGUUAUGGGUACAACCAUCCACCAUCGGCAGAAUCCGAUGAUAUUGUGCCAGUUGCAGUAGACUACGGUAACGGAAAGGCACGUGAAAAUAAGGCAAUCAGACAUUCUUCUGACUUAAGAAUGAAACCUGAAGAAGAUACAGUUAUUACAAAAGAACUUUCAAAACAGAGCGAUUUUCCGCCGAAAACUAAAAUUCCAGUAAAAAUGAUGGUUAAUGAUCAAAGAGAAUUGGUUAGCAUACACGGUAAAAUUGAAGGAUAUAAACCUAAUAUUUCUAGUAGAGAAGGUUCAUUAAAUGAACCGGAUAAAGAUCGAACUCAAAAUAUUACCGACAAACGAAAAAGAACGCGAAUGCGCAAACAAUUUGUACCGAUCAUAACUGAAGAAAAUUUUGUAUUUUCACACCGUGGUAACUUUCACUAUAGCUUCGAAGGUGGUGACGGGACGAAAGUAUUUGAGGAAGGCAAUUCAAAUAACAAAGCAGGUGCGAGCGUGAAAGGAGGCUUUUCAUAUACAGAUAACGAUGGCAACGAUUAUAGCCUCUCAUACACAGCCGAUGAAAAUGGUUAUCGACCAUCUGGAGCACAUCUUCCCACGCCUCCUCCUAUUCCACCGGAAAUUGCACGUGCGCUGAAAUAUCUUGCCACUAAAUCCACUCCUCAACCAGCUACUGAGGCAACAGGAAAGUUCAACUAA